GCAAUCGCAAUUCGCCGCGCAUCUCUGGGCUUGUCAACAUUAGGUCCCCUCUGUUUCGCGCCAGUAUCGUUGCAGCCGCGAUAGAUACGCGCCGCUAGGAAUAGCGCUCGCUCCGCACUCGCUAGUUAAUGUGAUCUCAUUUAUUUUACUCAUAUCCCGAAAUAUUGAUUAAAUAAUCAAAGAUGUCUGAGGACGCGAGUGUAGACGCUGCGGUCGAGCAGGUGACUCAAGAAGUGAAGGACGUCAAGCUGGAGAACGGGUCCGCUCCUGGUGCACUCAACGGAACGGCCAACAAAGCUGAGGGGGCCAUCUCUCUAAAGGAUGCCUUCAAAGCUUUUUCUAAAUUUGGGGAUCCGAAAUCGGAUGGUAAAACAAUAACAUUGUCACAAAGCGACAAAUGGAUGAAGCAAGCAAAGGUAAUUGAUGGAAAGAAAAUCACUACGACUGACACCGCAAUUCACUUCAAAAAACUAAAGACCCUGAAGCUUGGCAUUGAUGACUAUCAGAAAUUUCUGGAAGAUCUCGCUAAAAGUAAAAAGGUAGAGCUGGAGGAGAUCAAGAAGAAGCUCACGAGCUGUGGGCAGCCAGGCGUCUCCUCACACGUGACCAAGUCGCCAGCGGCCGCGGCAGCAGUGGACCGGCUGACAGACACCAGCAAGUACACGGGCUCCCACAAACAGAGGUUCGACGAGACCGGUAAAGGCAAGGGCAUCGCUGGUAGGAAGGACCUGGUCGAUGCCUCAGGGUACGUGUCUGGCUACCAGCACAAGGACACGUACAACAAGUCCCAUUAACCGGCUUCUUGCACACGGCAUACAGUAACGUUUAAAUAAAACCCGGGAGCCUGAAUCCUCAACAUUUUACGGUAAUUACUGAUUACUUCUUUUGGAUCACAAGAGUUGCUGAACACAAUAGAGCAUGAAACAUGUAUUAAUUACUCGUUUAAGACUGUACGAUUUUUUAUUAUAAAAUGUAUCAACUUUUACUAUGGGACCAACUCCGAUAUCAAAAACAAAAAUAAAACUCCAUACACUUUGAUCCAUCAACAUCCAGCUUCAAUUUGUAUGGAGUGGAUAAAUAUUAAUACGGAAUUGGUUCAAUAAUUUAAGUUAUGUAUAUCUUCAUAUUUUCAGUCUUCCUCCUUAGGACAUUACUGUGAAAGCAUUAAUAAUAAAAUCGCUGCCCUGUUAAUUCAAUAAUUAAAGUCGAUCUCUAAGAAAACCACACGAAAGCUUCUCUUUGCAAUGAUUACGAUAUUGUACAUUUUUUUAAGUACAUGGUACUAGACUAAUGCAUUUAACAAUGUAAUGCUUUGUAUGUUGUGCGAAAGACAUUCCUUCCCUAGAAAGUAAACGUGUAUUAGAGUAAGUGGGGGCGUUUUCUGACUAUAUUGUCUUAUCUGUACGUCUAGUCGUGUGUAGAGUUACAUUCUUUACAAAAUAUUAAAGUUUCAAUGUAUUUUUAAAAUUGAAAUGGUCAUUAAAUGAUAGUAUUUUUUGUAUCGAACCUCUUGUAAUUCCUAAAACGAAAAAGUACUAAAAUAUAUUGUAAUAAUUAAUAGUACAAAACAUCUGUUCUUCAAGACGUUAUUCAAAUGUACAAAGUACGUAUACCAAGCUACGUAGCAUGUAUGUAAGGUAACGUUCAAUAUAAACGUUUCCUUUUACCACUUUUUAAAAGAAUAUUAAUGUGUCAUAUAAAGUAAGCGCACGGUUAUUUAUAAGUUCUUAGAUUUGUAUUGGUUCUCAAUAUUAAUAUUGGUAAAUACGCCUACUUUAAUAUACCUACCUACUGUAAUUUAUCAAUUUAAAUUUAUUUUGUUAACAUUAUUAAUAAAAUACAUACAUUAUUC